AUGCCCGGGAAUGAAAAACCUUUGGCGGCUAUCAUAGAAGGAAUGUGGUAUUCUGUCGGAAAAAGUGGUAAAUCAACUAUGGAGCUGACUAGAACCCAGAAGAGGAGGGUUCAAAGGCUGUACUGCACAUUCCUCAAGAACAACAGUGAUGCGCAGGUACUUCCAGAGACUAAUCUUGCAUGA